AUGAUACAUAACAUUAGGUAUGAAGCUACAUUUAUCAACGACAUCGUUAAGGGAAUCGUUAAGGGAAUCUUAAGCGUCCCAUCUUGGCAUGUGGCUGCACACCCAGUUGGAAUUGAAUCUCAUGUAGAAGAUGUGGAAAGGCUUUUAGAUGUUGGUGGGAAUGGUCGUCGCAUGGUUGGGAUAUGGGGGACAUCUGGAAUAGGCAAGACAACAAUUGCAAAAGCUAUAUGGAAUGCAAUUGCCCAUGAGUUUGAAGGAAGUUGUUUCUUGCCAAAUGUCAGGGAAAAUUCAAUGCCACAUGGAGGCUUAAUCAAGCUACAGAAGACUCUUCUUCAUAAGUAUCUAGGCAACAAGUUGAAAAUUCAGAGUGUUGAUGAAGGAAUCGGUGUUAUAAAAGAACGGCUGAGGCAUAAAAAGAUUCUAUUAAUUCUUGACGAUGUGGACCACUUGGAGCAGUUAGAAAACUUGGCUGGAGAUGAUUGGUUUGGUGAGGGUAGUAGAGUAAUCAUUACUACAAAAAAUAGGGGAUUGCUAGAAAAUCAUGGGAUUGAGUUGAUAUACAAGGUGAAGAAGUUAGAUUACAACCAAGCUCUUGAGCUUUUCAGUUGGUUCUCAUCUUCGUAA